UGUCGAUCAUCUUCAGCUCGACGCCGAUUGGCUGGGGGUGGUGUACCGAUCGCCGCAAAGACGGUUUCUUCUGGUUCGAGCGAUAAUGUUACACUUUUGCAUUAAUAGCAGAGAAAUUAUGUUUUCAAUCAAAAAGUGAGACUGGUGAAGUGGAUUGGUCCUCAAAAUGCGUGCGGUAGGGUUUUGAUUUUCUAUGUCAUGAACUACUUUUGUCGCACUGGCGUUUGAUUCCAUGUGCGACCUCCAUAACGUAGUCGGUUAGUUACACCGAUCCAGCUACAAUCUGGAGCCAAGGAGCUGAGUUGUGACCAGGCAUAAACACACUGUGCAACCACUACUGUCCAUUCUGUCUCGUGUACUUCUACGAACCACCUGUAACUGUCAGAUGCUGUUAUGAAAUCCAGCGCCCCUCUGUUUACGAAGAGAAAUCCCUUCCAACCAGCACCCAAAGUGGGGAAGGCACACUACCAUCCAUCCUGCAACCAGUCCCUGUCUAAAGAAAAGAAAAAAACUACUUUGAGUCCCGCACGUUCAACCAGGCGAUCCUGUCCACAAACAAGCACCCUGAACUCGGCGAGCCCACAGCUGUCUGACCACCGCUUGGCCGCUGCAGAUGGGCAACCUGAUUUUUCAGAAUCCUGGCCGUCCACUGACUGUGGAUCUUCUCCUGCCAUCACUGCAACGUCAUAUGACAUGGAAACAGCCAAACACUCUACAAGAGCUGGGAAAUCCACAGUUUCCUCAGGAGUUCAGCGGGAUUCAGUGCUGGCAAAAUAUGUGGAACGUUUUCGCCACGGUCAACCACAGAGUCGAGAGGAGCGCCAGCAGGAGCAGCUGCCGUUUUGGUGGAUGUCACCAUCAUCUUUACCCCCGAGUUCAACACCAGCUAAAAACACAGACAAAGAUCAGGUCAUCCAGCCUCCGAGAGAAGACCAUGUGCCUGCCAUUUUUGGUCCAGCUGGACAGCGGCGCCGUGACAGAUCCCCUUCCCCGUUCAAAGGAUCUCUCAGUAUUUUGUCAGACACUUCCCACAGUGAAUUUGAUGACACAGAGAUACUACACCUUCAAGAGAGGGCCAGCAGACUUCUGCUGAGAGGGACUGAAGACCAUGAAUCCACCCUAAGUGACGGAUAUGUCCCUGUCAGCUCAGAUGGCCUCGGUUGCUCAGAUUUAUCUUCUCCAGUCAGCUUAGACGAGUCAGUGCGAAGACAUUUCAAUCCUGCGAAGAGCAGCCCAAACUUGGUUCAAGCCGUGUCUGUAAUCCCUUCUCUGGGGCCCCACACACGGCCUGAGGAGGACAUCUUGUUCCAGUGGCGUUUAAGGAGAAAGAUGCAGCAGGCGAGAGAGCUGCCUCAGUCCCUGCAGCACUCCGAUCGUCAUGGUACCAUCACUAGCUGGCAGGCUUCCGAUUUACAUCAUCCCUCGGCUGGUGUACAGGCUUACAAGCAACAACAGAGCUGUCAGCCUCCUGAAUUCUCACAGAAAGAACCUCGUCCACACAUCAAUGCUCCCCAGCUAGAAGCCAAAGAAGCCCUCAGGUCAUUUCCCUCUUCUUCAGCUCCAACUCCCUCCCCUGCAUUGGUUGUUUCCGGCUCCUCUGUGUCUCAUCACCCGACUCUUGCCCACGUUCCUGCCCACAUGCAUUUACUCUGCGAUGUCUUGCCCUGUCCCAUCCAGUUAUCCCAUGCCACUGCACAACAAAACAUUUCCCAGAGGUCAGAUGAAUUCCAUACCAAAGUUGUCAGUAAAAAGACUCAAGCCCCUGAUAACCCAAAAGAUAUCUUCACUGAUGAGCCUAUUCAUGAACACAUGUCAUCCUCAACACAUGCUCCAUCUGGAGCUAGAGAAGAAAAGCAGCAGCCUCUUCACAACAAAAGGACUAACAAGAAACAGAAAGCUCAGACCAAAGACUCGGACAAGAAUGAGAAGAAGACGAUGUCCAUCCAAAAGCAAAAUAAGUCAACAAGAUAUGCUGUGGAUGAGGAACAUACUGAUGGCCUGAGCUCUACAAAGAGGAGUCAUUCACAUCAAAGACUUCCCAAAAAGGCCAUGCCAUUGGCAAAGCUGCAGCAGCAGGGGUUUUCCAUUGGGGGCUGUUCUCGUGAUCAUGCACCGCCACCUUCUCCAGUCCACAGUGCCUUAGGACAGGUCGUGUCAGAGGUACUGUUUCCUACGCUGGAUUCAUCACCUGCUAGGAGGUCCCCUGACUCUUUGGUCUCUUCUCAUUGCACUUUCUCUGCACCCCCACAACCCCCUGUUCCACCUCGUAACACACAGGACUCUGUGGAGGUCAUUUCACAGCUGCUGCAAGAGGCCGAAGAUUCAGAUGAAAAGGAGUUUGAAGAUGACACUUUAUUACUAGUCCUUCGGAAACAAAGAAAAUGGGUAAAGCAACAGAUCAGUGAAGUGGAAUCUAUGUUGACUGAAUUCCUGGACGAGCAACAAGUCACGUGAACAUUGGCAAGAGGCAUUUAAUGGAAUCACUUUGUUGGGGUUUUUAUAAAAGAAAUAAAGUUUAUUUGUGCUGUUUUUGAACAAGAA